UGAGCGAAAAGUCUAGGGUCAUGAGCGAUGUCAUCGACCGACUGUUGCAUUGGUCAUUGCCAGCUAUCCGGUUAGAGUUCGGGGAUGGUGUGGCGUCGAGGAUCAAGAGAACACUACUGGUCAGCAGUCAUGCUGAGGUGUUCCGUCUCCGAGCAGGAGGGGAUGAUUCGACAGCGGACGCUGAGGAUGAUGGCGAGCGUGAGGGCGCAGGGAGCGGUGGAGGCAAUGGCGGGUCAUUUUGUGGGUCGGAUGAUUCACUUCCGCGUUCAGGGCAUGGGUCACUGCGUGGCCGCAGAUCGCGCGGACGGCCACCGAGUCAUGGCAGGUCGCGUUCGCAUUUCAAAGAUGUACGUCCUUUGUACUGGGAUGAUUCGAAGGAUGGUGCUCUGCAAAGCGGACCUUGCAAUAAUCGGUCUGCACAUGUGCUGGAAUCGAUGGGGCACUGGGAAGGCUCGAAAGCGCCUGAUGUCGUCUUCGUGGAGCCGGUGAAGCUGCUGGAGUUGCUCGGGUUACUUCAGCAGCAGUUGUUCCAUGCGACCGUCACUGCGGGUAUGACAUAUACCAUCCUCAACGACUUCUGCAUCGCACUUGGGGUGGCACCUGUGCACAAGCCCACUUUUUACAGUUGCAUGCGCGGUGAGCCGAAUGUGCGUGAGGGUUGGAAUGCAAAGGUUGUCAGGCAGGGCGUGCGGUAUUGCGACUUGACCAUUGACAAAGUUAUGGGAUCAGGGAGACCCGUCACUUUGAUGGUUGACGGUCGCUUCGACUCGGCCAGGUCUGCGCAACAUUGCAAUGUUACCGUGAUUGAGUGUGAUACUCGUCUUGUGCUUUGCAGAGAUGAGGGUGGCGACUUUGUCACUGUGCACAAUGAUAUCAUGAUGAUCGCCGACCAUUGGGCACGGGACCACUCCAGGUGCGUUGCGGACAGAGAGCUUUUAUGCUCAAAGGCGGGUGGCCCAUCUCGGCUGCCUCCGUAUACGCACGACGACCUCGUGUAUGACAUCAUUCGCCAGACGUUGGGCAGGCAUUGCAACACGACCGUUUGUUCGUACUACACGGAGUUCCGUCACACGUCGACGGUUGAGACCUUCCAGGGCACAAUCAUCAUUUACGCGAAGAAGGCCUUGCACUUUGAGAAGUCGUAUGAGCCGCAUUUGGCAAUUGCAGUCAUUCGAUGGAACAGUCAUGCAUGGCAGGAUCCCUUGGAGUAUCGUGUCCGCACGCCUUCUGGGACUUCGAUUCGUCCAAGGUCGAGCCACUACCCUCACAAUCGGCCACCUACCGAUUCGUGGAUAGAUCGAUUGUCCACGUUCAUCUUCGGUUCAAAAUGCGUUUCAGAUUGGGCUCGACGCCUUUUCGAGUACGACGAUUGUGAUGUGUCGGGCGAGGUCGGGUCCUCGACACCUCCUCUACCUCGCGAUCUUUUUUGCAGAGGCGAGGAGACCAUUGCCCGUGACAAGGACGAUGUUGAUUCAGGUGCGGAUCCCGACGUUGUGGGGGAUGACGAUGUUUUCAUCAUUGGCGACGGGAAUCGGUUGCCUGGACCGGCAAAUGCCGUGUCCGAUCGAUCGUGCGAUUCUCUAUCGGACGCAGAUGAUGUCGAGUUGUUCGACGACUGACAUUGUGUUAUGUCGUAGUCUCUUGUACAUGCGACUUUUAUAU